CAUUGAUGUUACAUUGCCUCACAACGAAAGCGUCAAAAUGGCGGCAGAACAAGCACAGACUUCUACACAGGCACCGCCCAGGCGGGGAAAAUCUCAAGUUGUUCGAUCAUCCUUACCAUUUCAAAUACUCCUGUAUUUAAAUGGCUGGUACUUUGUCUUCUUCUUCGUCUGUGAGAUUCUGCUGUUUGUUUUCAAAGGAGAAACGUUACCAUACGCAUCAAAUGUUUUAGCAGCGGAAAUACUUUUGCUCUUCUUGUUGGCCAUUAUCGAAGGGUUGCGGUUGUUCUUUGGUCGCCGUGGUAACCUGACGGAACAGAUUGUGGGGGUGAUUGUGUUCUUGGUGCUGAGCGUCCCGACGAUAUUUGGAGUUUUGUUUUUCUGGCUGUGGCAGACGUACGUCUUGAGAGCAGAAGUCAUUCUCACUGCCAUACAGAUCGCUUUCAUCGGCCUGGAGAUUAUCAUCGGAAUUAUCUCAAUGAUCACUUUUGCAAAGUCAGCCGUCUGAUCAAAUAGGAGUGCGCCAUGACCAAAGCAGCAAGCUGAGAGAGAGGAGAGCCCCGCCACCUGUAGAUACUAGAGCAAUGUAUACAUAAAUAAUUUAUAUUCAUGUAUGUGUUUGCGGCAGAUAUCUCUUAAAAGGAGUGCCCUGCUACCUGUAGGUAGGAGAGAAAUGUACACAUGAAUUUAUUUUCAUGUAUGUGUUUGUGACAGAUAUCUGUUGUCAAGAAGUGCCCUGCCACCUGCAGAUACUAGAGCAGUGUAUUCAUAAAUAUAUAUAUGCAUUGUAUGUGUUUGUCACAGAUAUCUGUUGUAAAGAAGUGCCCUGCCAGCUACAGAUAAGUCAGAUAACACAGCUAUAGGCCUAUAUAUAUAUGAUAAUAUUAUUUGGCAGAUAUCUGUUGUUAUGUAAAGAUUUACCAUGGUCAUAUUUCUUCAUGUACAUAUUCCCAUUAUUCCAUGCUAAAAUCAUUGUAAAUUUAUUUCAUAAAAAUUAGGAUGCUUUCCUCAUGAAAAUAAUCUCAAUAAAUUUUUAUCUUGUUUACUC